AACAACUCAUGGAAGCAAAAGAUGGAGUACAGCACAGUUGCUCGUUUCCAUGUUUCUCUCACCAAGUUUAAAACCUACGAGGAUUAUUUGGACUCAAAAGUCACGCCCAUGGAAUUAUUUUACCUAAAAAGCAGGGAGUUGGCCCGCAAGCUGGUGGAACACGGCCACAAGGGCACGGUCCUGAGCAGGGAGGAAUUUGAUGAGAGGAAAGCAGCUGCACAGGCUGCAGAGACUGCAACGAGCAACGCUUUCUACAACAGGAGCCGGCCAAUGACACUGGCAAGUGCAGGAAAAGAACUCAAAGAUAACUUCCUGAAAGCCCUGGCAGAGCGAGAGGAGGCCAACCGCAGUGGGAAAAUGACUUCGGUCAUUUUCAUAAGGGAUCAUAAUACUCUUGGACAGGAAGUAUCUGGUUAUAUAGACUACGCCCACAGACUCAAGACCCAAGAUUUUGAACUAUAUUUCAAUGGAAAGAAAAGGCUCAUGCCAGGACGCUCGGAUUUAUGCUACUACAACUGGAAGACACAGGUGUCCACAUCCAACUCCAGCCCCAACUUUGAGGUGAUUUACGACAACGUUAACGGCCUUCUCUUUAAGAGCAGGAGGGACAAAAAGAUUCUGAAUGUGGACCCUUUGUCUGGUCCAGGCGAGGACAUGAGCAGGACCUUCCUACUGUCGGACCGCUACGUCCACGUUGUUCUCUACGACCACAGCAUCAGAACGGUCUGAGCUCAGGAGGCUGCUGCCGACACUCGCGUACAUAUGGCACAUAUUGAGGAGCGCUGGAAGCCUCUAAUUUGACUGAGUUGCUGUAGUUCCACCAUCAUUUACAAACUCUUCCCCUCAUAUCAUGCAUGCCAUCUGGGUGGAGGUGCUGCAAUAAAAAAAGAAAGAAAAGGAAAGAAAUGGGUGUGAACUGAGGAUUCCCAGAGGAAGAAGUGGACAGACAGCUGGGAAGUUUACUUAAGCUUUCAAAAGUGACUUUAAAAUGAGAUUGUUCAGAGCAGCCUAAAUUUUUUCCAGCAUUCCACAUGCCAGCAGUUCCAGUUCGGGGCAAGAACCUGCUCUGGGACCCCAGGCUUGUCCCAGUGUUCAGCCUGGCAUGUUUUGGGCUGUUUGUCUAAACAAAUUAAAGGCGUAAGAGCUUUGAAAGAUGAGGGGGGUUGCUUUUAUGUUCUCCCCCAGGCUGCGGUAGCUCCAAUUGGACUGGAAGAGGGGGUAAUGGGCUUAAAGCAUUCCGCAUGUUCCCAGAUGCAAGGCGCACCAUGCAGGACUUCAAAGUGCUCUUAUCAUUUACAUAUUAGCCACUGACUGACAGUCUUUAAUGUAAAGCAACUCAACAAAUAAUCUUUUGUAGAAAUUCUUUUGAAAUUGAAGAAGUUUACUUUGUGCCUUUGUUACCAAAACACAUGGUAGGAAUCAAGUCUCCCAAGUAACAUUAUCUCUGUCUCCAAGUUAACAAAUUGCAGGGUUUUACCAUUUGUUCAUACAUAUGUGCUGCGUAGCGUCUGAAGAUGCACAGUGGGGAGGGGCCUUACAUCUUCUACACCUUAUAGCUUUAAAGGAUUUUUUUUUGAGCUUGACUCUAUGUUUUCCUCCAUAUUUGGGUGUAAAUCAAGAAAUCUUUACAGUCAGACCCAAAGUGAGCAAGAAAUGUCUUACAAAGCCACUGAACAUUUAUAAAAGUGGAAACAAAAGACAAACUUGUGUCUUUCAGUUGUACCUUGUUUGCAGAAGGACAGAAAAGUAAAACAGUUUUAAGUGAAAU